AUGUGUAUCCAUACACGAGUUGGUGAUUUUAAAGGUAUUGGGGAAUCACAAACUGUAGAGGUAAAUAAAGCACAUGUGAGGAUAUUGAAGAUUUUGAAAAGAUUAUUGAAAGACAAAACUUAUUCAUUGUUGGUAUUUGGAACAGAUAAGGACUUUUUGAAAACCAUUAAAGUUGAUAAGGUAACCCCAAUUUUACUUUAA